AUGUCCCAGAAGGACCUGGCCCAGUGGACCAAGCACGAGUUCGGGCUCAAGAAGACGCCCGCGCAGUCGACCAUCUCGGGCAUCCUGCGCCGCCAGCACGAGUUCAUCAACAUGAGCUCGCUGGAGCUCGGCAUCAAGAAGCGCCGCGUCGUGCAGCACCCGCAGCUCGACAGCGCGCUGGCCAACUGGGUCAUCCAGAUGACCGGCCGCGGCCAAACCGUGCAGGGCGACCUCACCAAGGAGAAGGCCAAGGAGUUCGCCAAGAUGCUCGGCAUCCCGGAGAGCGAGCAGCCCGAGUUCUCCAACGGCUGGCUGCACUCGUUCCAGCUGCGCCACAACUUCAGCUUCCGCAAGUUCAAC